AAAUUAAGAACAAAUCGAGAUCGGGUAUAUAAAGCACGGUAUCGACUAACUGACCUCAUUCGUGUUAAGGAACGGAACAUCAAUACAAUGCCUAAAUACGUGUUUACUUACUUUGACGGACGGGGUAGGGGGGAGCCCGGAAGGAUGCUUUUUGCUGUGGCUGGAAUACCUUUCGAGGACCGUCGAAUCAAGCAAGAGGAUUGGCCAGCUCUUAAACCAAAAACUCCCGGUGGAUCAUUACCUGUUCUCGAGAUAGACGGUCAACCUAUCACUCAAAGUCUGGUCAUUUUUCGACAUAUAGCGAGGACUCUUGGUUUAGAUGGACAAAAUCUGUUGGACAAAGCAAGAGUGGAAGAAAUUGUUGAAUAUCUUGUGGAAGUUAAAGCAGCCGGAUUUAAAGUAUUUUUUGGUCCCAAGGAUGAGGAAUCGCAGAAAAAGCUGAAGGAGGAUUACAUGGCAGCUCUAGAGAAAUCAUGUACUCAGAUAGAGAGAAUCAUGUCAUGCAAUAAAUCAUCUGACGGCUGGGCUGUCGGCAAUAAGAUUUCAUUUGCGGAUAUCAUGCUGUAUGAAGCAUUUGAAUCCACUGUUGAGAAUCAUCCAACAGCUUUAGACAAGUUUCCUAAAGUCAAAGCCUGUAGACAAAAAGUCAAAUCCAACAAAAAGGUGCAAGAAUACCUCAGCAAAAGAAAGGAAACACCGUUCUAAUUUUUCUAGUCAUUACAAUGUA